AUGAAAGGAUAAAAUUAUAUUGAAAAAAUUAAAUAAGGGGUUUAUAACUUUGAUUCAAUUGAAUGGAGAGGAAUAAGUUAAGGAACAAAAGAUUAUAUAAGAAAACUCUUACAACUGCAUACUAAACAAAGGUUAAGAUUAUAGGAUGUAGUUGUAGUUGGCAGUAUAUAAAAGUAAUAUGAGAGUGUAUCUGAUUAUUCAUUAAUUAAGAAAGUUUUUAAUAACUUAAUUGCAUUUCAUAUAAAAAGGAAUUAAUAUUAUAGAGUGGCUUGAUUUAGAUAAAGAUGAUACAUAUAUAUAAAAUUUAAUUUUUUUAGGAAAGCCCUGAAAUAUUGGAUUUUUAGCAAAGAUUAUCAAACUAACAAAUAUACAUUUAAAGAGGUUAUUUAUUAUUAUUAAAUAUUUAGGAUAAAAGUUAUUGUAUUAUUCUAAUAAUUUUGCCAAUCAAAUUACCACAACAUCUGGUUAAUUUAAUUCUAGAUAAUAUCUAUUUAGAUACCCACAUCUUCCAUUCUUUUCUAUCUUUUUAAAAGUAUUAAUCUAUUUUGCCAUUUUUAUUGAGUGUCCUUUUACUACCAUACCAAAUUAACAUUUUUUUAAGUAAACUUUCUUAUUUCUAUGGGUUCCCUUGGAUCAGAAUUUUUUUAGUAAAAAAAAGGUAGCUUUGAAAUUAUUAAAUUUGAACAAUAGAUAGAAUUAUUCAAUUUAUAAUUGACCUUGAAACUGAUGCUUAAAAAUUUAUCUAUAAAAUAAAUGAUAUUAAAGAUCAAAAAAUUAAGGAGGAUGAAGUUCUUUAAGUUAAUUCUACGAUAAAAAAGAACAAAAAUGUGAAAAUAAAUUAUGUAUAUAAUAAAUUUAAAGAUGAGAAACUUUUUUGUAAGAGCAUAAUAAAGCAUUACACUUUAGUAAUCCAACUAAAUUUAGAGUCCCUAAGAAUAAAAUCUUUUUGGAGUAAUUUUAUAGAUAUUUUUUGAAGCAAUUAACAAAUAGUGAAUAAAAAUAGAGAUGAGGUUUUUUGA